AUGUGUUUUCCAUCGUUCAGUACAGCCUUUGAAGACCUAAAUCAAACAUGCCUCAUUUCUUUUUCGUUCACAUCUCCAUCCUCUUUAUUCUUUCCUUUAUUCCUUCACAUUCUUCUUCAUUUUCAUGCUAUUCUUUUGCUUUUUAUCACUCUUUUCUUUCAGAUUUUCUUAUUUAGUUUUUCAUUAUAUCUCUCUUUUUUCCCUGAAGUGUCCUUCUGCUCACUCUUCUCUACCUUCUGCUCUCUUCAACUAUUUUAUGAUGACUUUGUGAUAUUGUCCUUUCCCUCUUAUCUUUUUAUUGCUUUUCUCUCUCCAUUUCUUUCUCUAUUCUCUCUCCAUUUCUUUCUCUAUUCUCUCUCCAUUUCUUUCUCUAUUCUCUCUCCAUUUCUUUCUCUCUCUCCAUUUCUUUCUCUCUCUCCAUUUCUUUCUCUCUCUCUCCAUUUCUUUCUCUCUCUCUUCAUUUCUUUCUCUCACUCUUCAUUUCUUUCUUUCCUUUAUUUCUUUCUUUAUCUUCAUUUUUUAUUGUUUUUCUUGCUUCAUUUCUUUCUUUAUCUUUAUUUCUUUUAUUUUAAUUUCUUUAUCUUACUUUUUCUCUUUCUUCCUUCCUUUCUUUCUGUUCUUUUUUAUUUUUCUUUCUUUAUCUUCCUUUCUUUUUCUUUCUUUAUCUUCCUUUCUUUUUCUUUCUUUCUCAUAUUCCUUUUUCUCUCUCAAAACAGAUUCUUAAUUGCACUUUCUUUCUUGUUCUUCCUUUCUUUUUAG